AUGCUGCACCUCGCCCGACAGCCACCGGUACGCCCAACGGCUCCGCCGAUGAUCCAGUGCCUCCACCUCGUAACCGCGGCCACGCUUGCUUAUUGCCGAACAUCUCAGCUUGCUUCAACCACCCGUAUGGCCAAGUACUCCGCGAUUGAUUGA